ACCAUUUCCACCACUCUCGCAAUCGCUGCGAUUGCUGCACAACGAUAUGAAUGUGCCAGACUUCUCCGACUAUCGCCGUGAAACAACGAAUCCAGAUGAUCCACACGAUAACUGUGCAGAACAGCGCAAAGCCUUCUCUUACAUGAUGGUCGCCGCUGGCGUUAUCGGGAGUUGUUAUGCCGCCAAAGGCAUAGUGAACAUGUUCGUACAUUCCAUGGGCGUAUCAGCCGAUGUACUAGCUAUGGCCCAGAUCGAAAUCAAGUUAAAGGGCAAGUCGGUUACGUUCAAAUGGCGAGGUAAACCACUUUUCAUACGACAUCGCACCGAGUCCGAAAUCCAGGGUGUGCGUUCGGUGAAAAUAUCGACCCUACGCGACCCAGAGUCAGAUGAUAAACGCGUCAAGGAUCCACAUAGGCUGUUGGUGAUCGGUGUCUGCACACAUUUGGGUUGUGUGCCAAUUGCAAAUGCAGGCGACUUCGGUGGCUACUACUGUCCUUGCCAUGGCUCGCACUUCGAUGCGUCUGGGCGUGUACGCAAAGGCCCUGCACCGCUUAAUUUAGAAGUGCCACAAUAUGAGUACCUUGAUGAGCAUACCAUGAUUGUAGGUUAA